GAGCUUAGUUGUGUGAGCUUAGUUGUGUGAACUUGAUGGCGGCCGUGAGGGUGGAACAACAGAUUUUUUCAUAAACAAAGAAAAUGAUUUAGCAUUACGGCAGAAAAUAAAAUGAAUGCAGAGCUGAGAGAGCACCGAAGCGGAUGACAUGAAUUUCUCUUCAGUCUUGCAAUUGUGGGAUGAACUCAAGUCAAAUCGCCUCGCCAAAUACGGCACAGUUACUGCGGUCACAGCUAUUAGUUUGCUUCUUCUGAGGAGAUGGAUUUCAGGUGGAGUUUGCCGCUGCCGUGUGCGUCUGGAUGGCAAAACUGUGGUCAUUACUGGUUCCAACACUGGCAUUGGUAAAGAAACAGCGCGUGACAUGGCCAGGAGAGGAGCUCGGGUUGUGAUGGCUUGUCGAGAUCUUUCAAAAGCAGAAAAGGCUGCGGCUGAAAUUCGCAGAUCUACAGGAAACGCAGACAUAGUAGUUCGCCACCUAAACCUGGCAUCUCUACACUCCGUACGCCAGUUUGCACAUCAAUACACGGCUACUGAGGAUCGGCUAGAUAUACUUAUUAACAAUGCUGGAGUGAUGAUGUGCCCUAAGAGCCUGACGGAGGAUGGCUAUGAAACCCAGUUUGCUGUCAAUCAUUUGGGCCAUUUUCUGCUGACUGUUCUGCUUCUGGACAUGCUGAAGAAGUCCAGUCCUAGUCGAGUUAUUAAUGUGUCCAGUAUUACUCACAAAGGAGGAAAGAUCCACUUUGAUGAUCUUAACUUCAACAAAGCACCGUACGAUUCAUUGGUGAGCUACCGGCAGAGCAAACUCGCCAACCUGCUGUUCACUCGAGAGUUAGCCAGAAGGAUUAAAGGCUCUGGUGUGUCAGUGUUCUCUCUUCACCCUGGAGUGAUCCGUACUGAACUGGGGCGAUACGUGCAGACACGACACCCUUUGCUCAGCGGCCUGCUUUCUAUUCCUGCUCUGCUACUCAUGAAAACACCCUAUCAAGGUGCUCAGACGUCCAUCUACUGCGCCACGGCUGAUGGUCUGGAGAUUCACAGCGGCUGCUAUUUCAGUGACUGUGCGCUGAAGGAACCAGCUCCUGAAGGUAAAGACGAUCUCGCCGCCCUGCGAUUGUGGGAAAUAAGUGCAAAGCUGGUGGGUUAUAGUGAAGAGGACUGACAACACUUCAACAUUGCACCAUCUGUUUUUUUUCUGUAAUUGUUUUAAUCCAGUGAAGAGGAUGCUUAUGGAUUAUUAAUGCCCAUAUUCCCUGUCUUGCACAUGACAGUAUGAAUGUGGAAUGAAAAUUGGUCUUAAUUGUCAUUUUUGAAUCUGAUUUUGGAGUAUCUGAAUUGAUUAUUGUAAAGUUUUUAUUAAAUCAUACCUCUAAUGUUCAAUAAUAAAAUUUCAUGGAAUUUAA